UUGUUACAAAGGUUGUGUCCUAAUAGAUUUUUUAAUUCUUUCCUUUUAAAUUGAAAGGUAACAACACGUUAACAAUUGGCAACAGCUCUGACCACUUUUUUUUUAUGAUUUCUGCUGAAAUCGUUAUGAAUAGUUAAGUAUUUAACUGCGCUGUCGAGCCUUGGCCUGUCAAUUUGAGAUAACUGCAUUGCAGUUCUAUUUCCUGUAGCACCAACAACCUAAAUUAUUAUUCUUUUUUGCUGGAGUGGUGAAACACGUUCACAUUCUCCUAGAAUAUUUGCGACUUUUAUUUUGUUCACCAGUGUUCAACCAGAAUUCUCAUUUUUAUUCCGAUUCGACCGUGAUGACAUCACGGAAGCAUAAAAAAUCAGUUGGGUGUGUCUCAAAGUGUCAGCCAAGUGAUCCUGAAAGCAUUGCGUUUCAUUCAUGUUCAUCAAUCAAGAAAACAAAAUUGCAUUCACGAUGGCGAUUGUGAUGACAGCCAUGCCGCCCAAAAUCAACGUCCACUUUCGGUGAUUUUUCUUUUCCUUUUUGCGGAUGUUGGUGGUCCUCUUGAGAAAAGCAUUUGCCUGGUGUUCCAGUGCCUCUGCACGAGCCGACAAUUCGUUGAGGCGGGCACCACGAUAUAGGACGGCUUCAGUGGCAUGCCUCAUCACAUCCAUCACUUCGUCCACCUGACCCUGUAGAUCCUCCAAAUGAGAGGGACGUUUUGUUGUAAACAUCGUUAUUUUCUUAAUACUAGUCUAAGAUUUACGCGAGACUUUAAUAGAUUGACGUGGUCGACUGGUAACUCACGACAGAUACCAACGUCGAUUUUUCACGUACAUCAAUUAUUCAAAUAAAUAUGCAUGAAACAUUGGUUGUAAUUCUUAACUAGUACCAUCUUUUCGCAUAAAGUUCAACCAUUUUAAUAGUUGUGAUGCAAAAAUUAAGAACUUUGUGACGUGUGUUUACGCCGGCAAUUCCCCUAUUUAAUAGCGCACCUCUUCAUUACACAGCACAAGACCCCAUUUAUGUAGCCAAAUUGACGUGUAAGAUUACAUAUUAUUUAACAGGUAAACCAUUUCUUCAAUGAGGAAGGGUCUGAUUCGUCCAGAUCCGUUGAAACACGCUCACUUUCGAUGUAUCGUCUUUCGUCGUUGAUUAAUCUGAAUCCUCGAGCGUGACGUGAGCACGAGAGCUUCGGUUACAUGUAGGUUUGAUAUCAAUUGUUCAAACCAAUUUCUAAUCCAGCCUUUCGUCAUAUUCUAUCAGCCUUUAAAGAGACUAGUAAAGAUCAAAUACGGUGCCUCGUUAACUGCCGUAUAAGACGGAAUGCGUUCUUUGCUGUUGAUUGUUUGCUGGUCAUGUUGCUUGGCGAUCGUCACAUCACAAACGACCUUGUCCGAGAGUGAAACGCAAUCCAGCAGCCCUGAAGAAAACAUGGAAACGAUGCUCAUUGGAGUAAAGCAAAGUCAAAAAGAAUUGCUAGACAAAUUUCAAGCUUUAAAGCUCAAUGUGAUUGAGCCACUCAGAGAACAACUGUCCAAAUUGGUUGCAGCAUCGAUUCAAGAGAAAACAAGCCCGGCUUUCUAUGCCCAGCGAAUCGCUCCAUGGACAAAGAUGAAUUCCAUUAUUCCUUACCACUUGGCUCUCCUAAACAUCGGCGGUGGUCUGAGCUACUCGACGGGAGUUUUCACGGCGCCAGUGAAAGGCGUCUAUUUCUUCUCGUUCUCAGCUGUCAAACAAUGGGGCACUCACGAAACGGUCGUCCAAUUGUUGCACAACACUGAAGUCGUCACAUCGAAACGCGUGUCUUGCGGCAGCGAUUUGCACGGCGUUGACAAUUGGUUACCUCUAGACAUCCAAGCGAUUCUGCCGUUGGAAUUGGGUGACACUGUUGCCGUUUAUCUUCUUUCUGGAGCCAUUUACGACGUGGAAUCUUCCAGCGAUUUCGCUAAAGUCACCUCCUUUUCCGGCUUUCUCAUCCAGGGACAGUAGCAGACACAUGUAUGGCUCAAAAGAAAUUCGAAAGUUUAAAGGUAAUAAUUAUUCUAUGGGCUUGUAUUACAUUGUUUAAUGGAAUUGUUGCAUCUUCAUAAUAAAUAGCAUUUCAAAAAUUC